AAUCGAAAGUGAAAGCAGAGCUGACGGUGUCGGUGUGACAGAGUAAGAGCAGCAGCAGCAGCAGGAGGAUGAUGGAAGAAACCGAGGCACGGGUGAUCGUGGAGGGGGAUUGGAGUCCGGCUCAGACCAGAUCCCUGAAGAACAAACUGCAACUUUACUUCCAGAGCAAGAAGAAGUCCAGCGGGGGGGACUGCCGGGUGGAGGUGGAGGACGGAGACCCGAGAGCCUCCGUGUUCUUCAGAUCAGAGGAGGUGAGAGACCGAGUCCUGGCCAGAGACAACCAUGAAAUCAUCCUGGAGGGUCGAACCAUCAGGUUACAGCUCAGAUCUGCAGCAAGCCCAACCAACACUGACAACGUCUCAGAUUCAAAGACUCAGACGUCAGAAGGUGGAGCCGCUGCAGCCAACAAAGACGACUCAGAGUCCGUUCAGAGCGCUGCAGUGGUGCUGGAGAACGUGUCAGACAACAUGUGCAGAGAUCUGCUGGUGAUGCUGGUGGAGAACGUCUCAGGUUUGGACGAGAGCGGCUUCAGUCUGGAGAUCAUCUGGGAAACCAACAGAGCUGUGGUCACCUUCAACAAGCCUGCAGAUGCAGAGAAGUUCCUGACUGAGAGUCAGACCAGCGGGAAGAUGCAGAAACAAGGACUGACCGCUCAACCACUGGAGGCAGCAAAGAGCGUCAGAGUGGAGAAUCUUCCUCCAACCGUGCUUAAAGACAUGUUGGAGCUGUAUUUUGAGAAGAACUGGACUCUGCCGGACAAUAUCGUCAUGAUCCCGGAUGAACAGGCUGCUGUUGUCACUUUCAGUGCCCCAAAAGUUGUGGAAAGCAUUUGCACAAAAGAAGACUACAAGAUAGGCUCCAUCCCUGUUAAGGUGUAUCCAUACCAAGAGGUCCUGGGCACUGCCUUGUACGGCAAAGAACGACCAGCAUGGAAGAUGCCUGAGCCCAUCACUGAGAGUGUUCACCACAUCAUCUGGAAAUUCCUCCUGAUGAAGAAACAGUUAAAAGUCAUCAACGAUAAGAUGCGUCCGUACUUCUGCAGUGUGGACUUAGAUAAUCCUGAGGUGAAACUCAGCCCUCUCCCAAGCUUUUUGAGGCAGAAAGAUCUGACUGCCAAACAUGUAGACAACUGGGCAAGCACCGCUCUAAAGGCCUUCCGUAAACAAAUGUCUCAGUACUCAGCCUUUGAAUGUCCAGCGAAUGCACUUGCGUGGAAAGCUGCAGAGAAAGAAGUCCGUUCGGUCGUCAGGGAAGACGCUGUCCUGGUGCUGGAUGCAUCCAGGCAGACUUUGACCGUGGCUGGUCAAGCUGAUGAUAUAAAACGAAUCCGGGCUCCUGUGGAGAACAUUGUUCUCAAAGCCAUGAGUCAGAUUGAACGGCAGAGAAAUGGUGUCUCUGAGGUGAUGGGUUUGUCUCCUGCUAUGUUCUACAUCCUGAAGCAAGAUGGGUUACAGAAAGCAGUAUCCGACAUUUCCCCUGAGAUGAACCUCUCCUACGAUGAAGUUGGCCAGAAGUUAACCAUUUCAGGGCUCCCUGCAGAGGUUUACAAGACCAAAGCAUGGAUCUUGGAGAGGAAUGUGCGUAUGAGUAAAAAACAGCUGAAUCUUCCCCCAUGUCUUCUAGACUUUCUGAAGACUGUGGAUGCCAUGGACAUGUCACAAGACCUGUUCACAUCCCAAGGGAUCAGUGCCAUCUACAGUGCUGACAACAAAGGGGUGUUACUGUUGGGGAGUUCUGACAGUAUCCUCACUGAUGCAGAAAGAAAGAUGAAGACAGUUCUGUCCAUGCAGACUCUGGAUGUUGAAGACCAGGAGGUUCUGAAACGUCACAACUGGGCGGACCUGAACCAACAACUUCUGGACACCUACAACUCCUUAAAGAAGAAAACAGUAGUCAUUCAGAUCCAUCCAGAGAGAGGAGACAAGAUAACGGUGGCUGGCUUUGUGAAUCCAGUGAAUGAGGUCAGCCGCAGUCUGAAGGAGUUCAUCGAGAACUACUCGCGGGUUCAAGAAACCGUUCGUGUCGAGUCCUGUGCUGUUGUUCAGUUCAUUGAGAAGAAAAAAUCACAUGAUUGGUUCAGUAUUGCCAAAGCUACUGAUGUGACAGUCCGUUUUGAUUCAGACAGGCCAAGAUUCACCAUUGCUGGGGCUCGUCUUCAUGUUCGGAAAGCCAGAGCCUGCUUUCAGGAAAUGGCCAGUGCUCUCUUCACUGACAACUUCAUUGUAGACAAGCCUGGAGCUAAGAAGUACUUCCAGUCUUAUGGAAGCAUGUUCCUGUCUACAGUAAUGAAUGAGUUCAGCUGUGUGGUGGUGCUUCGUCCAGAGAAUCAGGAGGAAGAGGAGGAGGAAGAGAACUAUGAGGAAGAAAGUGGCCUCUGUUACUGCAAAGUGCAGACUACCAGCAGAGUUCUGGUUUCAGUUAGCAAGGCAGACAUCUGUAGCUUCAAUGUUGACGCAGUAGUUAACGCAGCCAAUGAAGACUUACAGCACAUCGGUGGCUUGGCGUUGGCACUGCUCAAGGCUGCAGGACCACAACUGCAGAAAAUCAGCAACGACUAUGUCUCCAAAAACGGAAAGCUACGCCCAGGUGACGCCAUCGUAACAGACGCAGGUAACCUACCUUGCAAAUACGUUGUACAUGCAGUCGGUCCACGGUUCUCUGACUCUGACCAGAAGACAUCAGUGUCACGUCUGAAGCUUGCUGUUAAAGAAAGUCUGAAACAAGCAGAGAUGGUCAGCUGCUCCAGCAUCGCCCUGCCAGCGAUCAGCUCAGGUGUGUUUGGUUUUCCUGUCGAGCUCUGUGCUGAGACCAUCGCCCAGGCAGUGCGGGAGUACUGCGACAGUCCACGAGGUCCAGGAUCGUUGACUGAGAUUCACCUGGUGGAUAACAACAAUAACACUGUCAGUGUUCUGGCCAAAGCUGUCAACCAAGAGUUCAUUGACCUUGGACCGACAAUGACAAUACCACAGCAGGCAGGCGGGAAAGGCCCCGGAGCUUCAGGUGGUCGAGGUCGAAGUCGUGGUCGUGGUAAGAGCCAGUCUCCCAGGGGCCACUGGUUUGGUGGAAAAGGAAGAGGAGGAGGUGGAGGAGGAGGAGGAGGAGGAAGAGGAGCUGGAUAUCAUGGAGGAAAGCAGGGUAACUGGGGAGGUCAGAGCCACAGGGGACACGGCAGGCCUGAAGAGUAUGGAGGGUCAGGGAGGUUUGAGCAGACCACAGCUGAAGGUCUGAAGAUUGUUCUCUGCAAGGGAAACAUUCAGGACCAGAAGACUGACAUCAUCAUCAACACCAUCUCAGAGAACAUGAAUCUGAACCAGGGAGCUGUUUCCAAAGCGAUCCUUGAGGCGGCCGGGCCCGGUCUGCAGUCAGCUGUUCGUUCUGAAGCCGGAGUGGCCACACUGCAGUACACCGACGUCGUCGUCACCGACGGUUUUAAUCUCAGUUGUCAGAAAGUCUUUCACACUGUUUGCCCUUUUUGGGACAACGGAGCAGGACAGGCAGAGGAGGCGUUAAUAACCAUCAUCAGAUAUUGUCUGAAGGAAGCUGAGAAGCAUAAGAUGGCGUCCCUGUCCUUCCCGGCAAUCGGUACAGGAAACCUGAGCUUCCCCAGAGACCUGGUGUCCAGAGUCCUGCUGAGAGAGAUCCACUUAUACAGUUGCAAGAGAACCCCUCGCCAUCUGAGAGAGGUGGACAUCGUCGUUCACCCCAGCGACAACGAAACUGUGGAUUGUUUCACCAGGGAGUUCAGAGGUCAGACUGGUCAGAGAAACAUUCAACGUGAAGCACAGGAAUUUAACGAGUCACCAGUUCAGCAAUCAGUCAGCCAAUCACAACAGUCCUCAGCCUCGUCCUUCAGUCGGGUGUCGUCCCCCUCCCUCGGUGUGUACCGGAUGCAGAUGGGUCAGCUCGCCCUCGAGGUGUCAUCAGGUGACAUUACCAAGGAAGCCAGUGAUGUCAUCAUCAACUCCUCCAAUUCGGACUUUACUCUCAAAGCAGGAGUCUCCAAGGCGAUCUUAGACCGCGCUGGACUCUCUGUGGAGCUGGAGUGCUCGCAGAUCGUGAACUCUCCCGGUUACCAGCCUGGUCCACUGAUCCUGACCUCAGCUGGAAACCUGCCCAGCAAACACAUCAUCCAUGUCGUCGGCCAGAACGAUCCCGCAAAGAUCAAGGACAUGGUUUACUCAGUACUGAAGGUCUGUGAGGAAAACAAGUUCAACUCGGUCUCCUUCCCAGCACUGGGAACAGGUCAGGGAGGGGCUAACCCCUCAGCGGUGGCAGAUGCGAUGGUGGAGGCGGUGGUGGAGUUUAUUAGGAAGAAGCACCCGAAGUCUGUUCGCAGCAUGAAGAUCCUGAUCUUCCAGACGGCCAUGAUAGCAGAGUUCCACAAGAGCAUGAAGAAGAGAGAGGGAGCGGAGGUGGAGGAGAAGAGCGUCUUCACCAAGAUCAAAGACACUUUCACUUCGUUGCUUGGACUGGGGGAGGAGCGGCCCAGUGCUGAGGACCUGGUCCUGGAGCAGGAGGAGUUUGAGCCCACGGUGUUUCAGCUGUGUGCUGACAAUGAAAAGGCUGUGAGUCAGGCUAAGAAAAGGAUAACAGAGCUGAUUGUGGCUGAACAGGCACAGAAAACCAUCACUGACCCGUACAUCAGUCAGCUGACGCAGGCCGACAUGGAGCAGCUGGGGAACCUGCAGAGGAAACUGACAGUCAGCAUCCGUCUGGACAAAGGACUGGAAGACCAGGAGCCCAAAAUCCACCUGGAGGGUCUGACCAGGGACGUCUUCACCGCUGAGUCUGAAGUCAGGGACAUCAUCCGAAGGGUGGAGAGGAAUGAGAACUUAAGAAGCAAGGCCCUCCUGACAAGUGGACUGGUAGAAUGGCAGUUUCAGCACCAUAGUGGGACAAUGGUGCCCUUCGACAUCCACACCAACCUUAAACUCGAGGAGGCCUUCGAGAAAAAACAAAGUGUGAAGAUCAAGAUCAAUAAUGACACAUACACUGCUGAUCCAACUUUUAAAAAAGCUGAUUCAGCAAAUGGGCGUAAACACUUGGAACUUCUUAGAAAAGAGUUAAAAGAUGACGCUGUCCUGCCUGGGAACUGGAAUGACAUGAAAGGCAGCCUUCUGAAGCUGUUUCCUGUGACUCAGGGAUCUAAGGAAUACAGUGAUGUGGAGACAGAACUCACAAAGACCGGUCUUACUGCGAACAUCAUCAGUAUUGAACGGGUCCAAAAUACGACUCUGUGGCAGAGCUACCAGCUCAUGAAGAAACAACUGGAGGUGAAGAACAAACGUACAAACAACGAAAAGCUGCUCUUUCACGGCACCGGAGCCAACUCCAUCGAUCUCAUCAACAAUCAGGGCUUCAACCGCAGCUACGCAGGAACACAUGCUGCGAUGUACGGUAAUGGCUCCUACUUUGCUGUGGACCCUGCCUACUCAGCGCGGGGCUAUGCCAAGCCUGACACCAAGGGGCACAAGCGCAUGUACCUGGCCAGAGUCCUGGUUGGUGACCACACCCAGGGAAGAGCUGGUUUGAUCGCUCCGCCCUCCAAAGGCUCUGGGAAUGCUGCAGAUCUGUAUGACAGUGUUACUGAUAACGCUGCCAACCCAAGCAUGUUUAUUGUCUUCAGUGACAUACAGGCAUACCCAGAAUACCUUAUCACAUUUACAUGAACUGCCACGAUCACACUAUGCUGAUGUACUGAUAAUGUUUAAAUUCACUCUGCAAAAUCAAGUUAAAGUAACGGAUAUAAUAUUGUAGAACAUUUUUAAAGGGGCAGUAGUCAUUUUCUUGAUGGAAUUUCCAAACUCUCAUGAACACAUGCAGAAGAAAAAAUCACACUGUCUCUGACAGAAGGUUAAAGUCAUUUAAAAAAUAAAUAUAUUACAAACACAUCAUAUGUCAUUUUCACAUUGUAUUCUCUGUUUGUUUUUGGAUAUAGUUUGACAUUUAUCAGAGGAAGACUGUGUUAGCUGCUUUAUUUAGAAUUGGAUUAGAUUUCAAUCAGUUCAGUUCCAUCUUUGUGUGAUGUAGAACAAUAUGUUGGACGUUGUGUUACAUUUCUUCAGAAAUGUAAACAAUAUCAGGGUUAGAUAGCUUCCACAGAUCACACUUGAUUGAUCAACUUGAUUGACUCAAAUUAUUUCUUUGGUAAACAGGACGUUGCAGCAGCGGUGUUGUUGGUAACAAAUGGUAAAUGGUGUUUUCAUUCUGAAACAUAAUAUCUGGGCUACAGCUUUAGCUUUCUGGUAUUUUCAGCCAUGCUAGCACCAUGGCUCUGUGGGUAGCAGUGUCAUUCUGUUGGUCUGUCUCUUUUGUCCAGACUCAAUUAUUUCAACAAAUAUUGGUUGGAUUAUCAUGGAGCUGUGUUUUCCUGGUUGUUUUCCUGGUUUUCUGACUUUUCAUCCAACACCAUCAUCAAGUCUUGUUAAUAGAGUGAGUGCAGACACUGUAACUGUGCUGAACAGCUGUGACUAUGUUCCUGUAAACUUCAUUUGCUUUCAGUAAAGAUUGAAAUCUGAA